AAAGAAACAACCAUUCACUUCAUAUACCUUGUCAUUUCUCCUCCACACUCUCUCUCUCUCUAUCUCUCACUCAAUCUCAAAUCCUCCUUACAACUCUUACCUUCUUAUUUUGAUCAUCAAACCCCAUCUUAAGAAAACCUCAAAUUUUCUCUUUCUCUUCUCUCUCCAUCUCCUUUUAACCUCAAAAUUUAGCUUCUCCAUAUUUUAUCAUCAAUCUUUCUCAAACAAGGACCUUCUAGAUAUAGUCCUUUUCUUUAACCUACUUACAAACACAAGAACAAACUAAAAGACCUAGGGCCAACAAAUAGAAGAAGUGAAAAAGGGAGACAAACUAAUUGUGGCUGUUCUUGUAGUUUUCUUUUGAUCAAGGAUAUAUGGAGCUAUUCCCAGCACAACCAGACUUAUCUUUACAAAUCAGCCCUCCAAACAGCAAACCAUCAUCAACUAAUUGGAAGAGGAGUACUAAUAAUAGUACUACUGAAGAUGAAAUGGAUUUAAUGUUUUGGAGAAGAGCUUUGGAAUCUAGAAACUCCAAUACCUCUUCACUCUCAAAAUCUCAUGCUAAUAAUAAUAAUAAUAAUGCUUCUCUAUUUGAGCUUUCUUUAUCCAAUCCUAAACCUACUCCUGAAUUUAAAUCUGGCCCUUUUCAUCACAUCCAAAACACUCACACCAAUUUCAUCCACUCUUUACAGCAAAACCAUCUGCUUCAGCAGCAAAACCAAGGGCUUAACUCAGAACUUAGUUUUUUGAGACCUAUAAGAGGAAUUCCUGUAUACCAUCAAAACCCUCCUCCUCCUCCUGCUUCACACUACCCAAUAUUUGGUCAGCAAACUUUUGACAAUACUAAUACUGCAGCUACAUUACCUAUACGUUCUUCUGGUUGUUGUAUUAAUAAUAACAAUAACAAAACAAUGUCUAAUUCCUCAUCGUCAAGAAUCCCUUUUCAGACGUCCCAGCAAUAUCAUCAUCAAGCUGGGGUAAUGCGAUCAAGAUUUUUGUCAAGAUUUCCAGCAAAACGUACUAUGAGAGCUCCACGGAUGCGCUGGACUAGCAGUCUUCAUGCUAGAUUUGUUCAUGCUGUUGAGCUCUUGGGUGGCCACGAAAGAGCAACACCCAAGUCGGUUCUUGAGCUUAUGGAUGUGAAAGAUCUCACUUUGGCACAUGUUAAAUCUCAUUUACAGAUGUAUCGGACGGUUAAGACUACCGAUAGAGUAGCAGUUCCAGCUUCUUCAGGCCAAUCAGAGGUAUUCGAUAAUGGGUCUUCUGGGGAUACUUCAGAGGAUUUAAUGCCUGAAAUUGAAAAUUCAAGGAAGUCUGAUUUAUCUGAGCAACAAGGCAGAAAUAACAAUAUGCAUCUCCAAGAUAAAGAUUACCAUGGUCUUUGGAGCAACUCUUCAAGAGAAAGUUGGCAGUUGCAUGGCAAACUUGGAGACUACCCUGGGAACAUGCCAUCUCUUGAGAAAUUACAGCAUAAAGAGAUGGAAGGAAAAUGCUUAAGCUAUGAUGGAAUAUCAGGAGAGGUGAGCUCAUCAAGCAUAACAGAGACAAGUCCAAAAAAGAAGCCUAAUCUGGAGUUUACUUUGGGAAGACCUUCACAGUAAAAAGAAAAGAAAAUCUCUGCUACUCAUUUUGAAAUCAUUACUAUAAUCUCUGACAAGGGAGCUUAGCUAGCUGGUUUAAAGAAAAGAAAAGUAAAGAGAAUCAGGUAAUCCACAAAAACCAGAGAAAAGCAAAGGAAAAGAGAGCUAAAGAAAGACAGGAAGAAGGAAAAGGAGAAGGGUGUGACCUCUGAAUCAAACAAUAUGUUAUUUUAUUCCCUUUCUAGACUUAGUGAAGAAUAUGAAAUCUCAUUGAUUUUGUGUAUUAUUAGACUAGUCAUUAGAGAGAGAAUGAUAGAAGAGGCUUUUUCCCUCUCUUUUUGUAACUAGUUUCUAGGAAGUGCUCUUUUACCCUGAUAAUUGUAUGACGCACUUAAAGAAAUAUAUAAAUAUUUGGGACGGCUCCCCAUAUAUUUUGACAAGAA